AUGCAUUUUGUUUCAGCCUAAACUUAAGAGGAGCAAAUAUCUGAGAUUCUCUCUUACUUUAAGGAAAACCUAGCCAAGUCAGUGGAUUCAGUCCAUGCCAAGCACAUCGAGAACUUUGAAGAGACCUUGAAUAAGUUAGAAGAGAGUGAGGACAUCAGUGGCAUUCUAGAUUAUUUGAUCUCCCUCAGAGAAGUAAUUAGCAAUCUACCCACUUCUCACAAAAACACUCCAAUUACCAUUCAAAGAGUAAUCUUACUCAUAUUACCCCUGCUAAAAUUAGUUCUUUUGAUAUAUAGCAUAUUCAGCGAGACUUCUUCAAUGAGAUCUGUUAGCUUCCAAAGACUUUAUCAAUUAUGCGAUAAAAAUGAUCAAAUUAAGAUUAUUGUUGAGAACUUGAGAAAUGUCCAAAAUAUUUCUAAGGAGUGGAAUUUAAACCUUGACCAAAGAAGAAAGCUGUUGAAAAGCAGUGCUCAUACUCUAGAUAGAAACAAUGAAUCAGCUGGUGCCUUUGAAGUAAUGCAAGGAUAUUUGAGAACUUUUGAGAGAUCUGAUGAAAAAGAAUUGACUGCCAAUUUAAUCGAAAUUGAAGCAAAGAGAUGUGUUAUUCUAGCAAUCAAAGUGCCAACUGUUAUUGACUUUGCAGAUAUCCUAAAGCUGAAGGCAGUAAAGUACUUACAAGCAAAAGAUAAAGUUGUUUUCGAUUUUAUGAGUCUUUUCACUUCAACUGACACCAAAGAAUUCACUGAUAUAGUUCAGUAAUUCUAAACAUUGAUUGCUGAAGAGCAUCUAUAAAUGGAUGAGAUCAUUAAGAAAAAGCAAUAUAUUUAAAUUUGCAACCUUAAGCUAGAUUCAUCCAAUCAUAGUUACUCUGAUUUGGCUAACAUCCUAAAUAUUAGCAUCGAUGAGGUAGAAAUCUGGGCAAUCGAAGCCAUUGCCUCAGGCAUUCUUGAUGCUAAAGUCGACCAAUUGAAAGAGGAGAUAGUCAUUAAAAGUCAUGCUCUAAAUCAAGAGUGGCAAUCAAUCUAGGAUAGAAUUGGAGAGUGGAAAAAAAAGUUCUAGGAAAUGCAAGCAAUUCUAUAGCAUACCUAAUAGUUAAGCAGCGUAGUAGUAAAGAAAUGA